GGUGCUCUUGUUGCAGGCGGCGAGCGCAGCUCCUCCAGCGGAACGUCCUUCCGAGGGGACCCUGGAGAGGUGUCCGUCGACGAGGGCCCCGAGCUGGACGAGCUGAAACAGAAGGACGAGCAGCUGGGGCUGGUGGUGACGGCGUGCUUCUCGCUGCAGGACGAGCAGUGCCCCGCGGAGGACGCGUCGAGGGGCGGCCCUGGGGACUGCGCGGCGCAGCCCGAGCAGCGCGACGAGGAAGUGGCGCCUCCUCCCAGCGACGCAACCAAGCAGGGCGGCUCUAACGUCCGAUGUGGAACCCGUGACGCUCAGCCGGUGCAGAUCAACCAGCAGGACGACCAGAAGGUGUCGCGGGUGCUGCGGAAGAAGCAGCUCGGCCGGAAGUACACCGACAGCGGGAGCGGAAGUGAAAGCAGUACCAGUGGCGCUCUGCAGGCGAACUCGCGCGGGCGCACCGGAGGGGCCUUCAAAUGCGAUGUUUGUGAGAAAAGUUUUAGACAAGCGAGUUAUCUAAAAAGGCACAAGAUGUACCACUCUGGCGAAAAACCGUUUAGCUGUGACCUCUGUCCAAUGAGUUUUACUGAGAAAGGCAAUCUUGCCAAGCACGUGAGGAUACACACUGGUGAAAAGCCUUUCAAGUGUGACGUAUGUAAAAUGUGUUUUACUCAUAAAUGCACGCUUGUCGCUCACAUGAGGACACACACUGGUGAAAAGCCUUUCAAGUGUGACGUAUGUAAAAUGCGUUUUACUGAGAAAGGCACUCUUGUCAAGCACAUGCGGACACACACUGGUGAAAGGCCAUACAAGUGUGACACGUGUAAAAUGCGUUUUACUCAGAAAGGCACACUUUUCGAUCACAUUAGGAUACACACUGGUGAAAAGCCAUUCACUUGUGAUGUGUGUAGCAAGGCUUUUAAUCAA